CACAUUAUGGCUCUGCUAGCUGUUAACUUGCUUAUCUUGGGGACGAAUUCUAUCAUGCAUUGCGCGUUUAAUUGAAAUCUGUCCGGCCAAGAUCUGCGGUUAUAUCAACCAUGCAGUUGGCUGCCAAGAGAUCCUCACGUCAUGGAUGCUGCGAGCUCUCCCAGGCUUCCUGGAAGGAACAGCACCCUGCGAGCUUGCGACCAAUGUAAAUUACGAAAAACUAGGUGCAGCCUAUCCAGACCAUGCGCAACAUGCGCUUCCAUGGGAUUCGAAUGCACCUUUCUCAGACCGCAGAAGAAACGCGGUCCGGCUGGUCGCCGCGUGUCAGAAAUUCGACAGCAGCAGAUCCAAUCCAGGAAGCACCCCGUUCAGACUGACGUUCAUCAUUUCACUGGAGAGCGUCCGUCCAGUCAUGGAACCAGUGCAACUGACGCUCACUCAUCUCCAUCUGCAUCGAUAUCUAACUCUGAAGUUAUCUCCCAUGUGGACACGCACCACCUGCAACAGCACCAAAUGGGCCAGGGGCCAACCUCGGCCUAUGAUGCUGCUGCCAUGUCUACUCCAGCCCUAGAUAACGGCUCUACUUCAUGGAGCGAGAACCGUGACCUUGAGUACUGGCUUCCUGAUAGCCUUAGCGCGCAGACGCCGGCUUUCAGUUUCUCUGGAAGUAAUAUAUAUGUUAAAACGACUCUUCCUCCCCUUAUUGACGGUGAUCUCGGGGCCAGUGCCAUUAACCUGCAACCUGAGAAUCCUUUGAACGUUUCCUUUUCUGAUGUCUUGUCCUCGAAUGAUCAGCAGCAAAUGGGAGCCUUUUGGCCGCCCUAUAUCCAUGACAACAGCCUGGUUCCUUGGAUCGAUGUGUAUUUCGAUCGGCUUCAUCCGACAUUACCGGUUCUCAACCGGUCUUCUAUCUUCAUCAGGAUUCUGUCCCAAGAGCAUCGAAGAAACCCACAAUUUGGUGCCAUGCUGCUGUCAGUAUGCGCAUUUGCUUUGACGCAACCGAUCGACAUCAGUGAACGCCCUACUUCCUCCUCAAGAGCCGAUCAAGCCAGAUUGAUGAUGAAUGAGGCAACAAAGAUGCGCAGUUCAUCCGACUUUGGCGAGCAUCCGACAUUGGAAGCUGUCCUGACCAGCUUUUUCCUAUUUGGAUAUCUAUUUGGAAGUAACCAGCAUAAUGCGGCACGGCUGCGACUGCGCGAGGCCAUUGAUUUGGCAUCCACGUUACGUCUGAAUGAUCCCAACACUUACCUUGAUUUUUCAGGUGAAGAGAAGGGCCAAUGGCUGAGGACUUACUUGGUACUCUCUGUGACAGAAAGAGCGUAUGCACUUCAACGCCGACAUUCGAUCAGCUUCACUGGGAGACCUGGAUUUACGAUGCGUCCUACUGACGACUUUAUCCAUAACGUUACACACAGUCUUGUCUCCGGCAUCAUCGUCCAUAAUGAAAAAGAUGCUGCAGGGAUGAUGGGUCUAGCCCUCCUCAUGGAGAUAUUUGACUCUAUAGACGAAGACAUAGUCGAAUGUUGGAACGCUCGAUGCAACGCCAGCAAAGGACGGUGCCAGAUACUUGAUCAAAGAAAGGCCUUGAGCAUGCAUGAAAAUCUCGCCCGCGUGAGCGAUCCUAGUCGAUAUAGGAGUAACGAUUGGUUCGAUCCCGAUCAUUCCAGUCUUCUGCACUCGGCAGAGACAACGAGAAUUCUGCAAAGCUUUCUAUCUGAGACCCAAUGCGCGGAUGUGCUUGUCACUCAGAAGUGGGUGCAGAACAGAAUAUGGCAUCUCUGCCUGACUCACGGUCUUUUAAUAUCUGAUUCUGAGCAUCCGGAGCUGCGUUUUGAUUUCGCGUACAGUGUCGCCGAGCGCACGUUAGAUGUCUGCAGGUCGCUGCGUAUCAGCGCAAUGGAAGUCCACGGGAUUGGAAUUAUUGAAAAACUGUAUAAUAUAUCAACCAGCGCAAUAAUGGCGCCUUACAAUACUGGGAAUAUGGAAGGCUCCACUUCAACAAGCGGUCCAGCACUGCAACUUCUGGCAAGCAAAUAUAUGCAAUUGCUACAGACUCUCCGUGGAGGAAACCACCCUUACAUGGAGCAGUACAAAGAGACAGCUGAACUUGUUGCGCCUUCUUCCCAAGGAUGAUUCCCUUUUUGUUCCUACUAGGUUAUAGUGUCAACUUAGGAUAUCCGAGUUUAGGCCGUAUGUUCGGUCUACUUUUCCGUUUCAGAUGACUUCCAAUGUAUCUUUACGUUCAACCGGGUCAUAUACCUAAUCACAUCCUUAAAAGCAUUUCUAUAAAAGAGGUUUCGUAAGAUAAUCUUGUUAUCAGCUUAGAAAAUAGCAGAGUAUAGGCGGU